GACGCGGGGGUCGUGCCGCUACCUGCCCUCUCCCGCCAUGCUCUCCCGCCUCGUUCUCCGCGCCGCCCCGGCCGCGCUGCGGAGCCUGCCGCCUCCUGUCGCCGUGGGGGUAUUGCACACUACAAGACCUCUGCAUACAAGCCAGCAGUGCUCAGCUCCUUUGCCCCCUCUGCCUGAGAAAGGAGGAGAAGUUCGUCAUGGUUUGAUCCCCGAGGAGUUUUUCCAGUUUCUCUAUCCUAAAACAGGAGUCACAGGGCCUUACAUGCUGGGAACAGGCCUCCUGCUCUACCUGCUGUCUAAGGAAAUCUAUGUGAUUAACCAUGAGACAGUGGCAGCUGCCUGCAUAUUGACAGUCAUCAUCUAUGCUGUAAAAAGAUUUGGGGGUGAUGUAGCAGCUUUUGCUGACAAACUUAAUGAGGAGAAAGUUGCUACUGCUUUGGCUGUGAAGAAUGAGGCCAUCAAAGACCUGGAGAGUGCCAUUGAGCAGGAGAAGAAGGAGCAGUGGCGGGUGGAAGGCCGCAGUUACCUCUUUGACGCCAAGCGGAACAACAUCGCGAUGGUGCUGGAGACUAAUUACCGAGAGCGGUUAAUGACUGUGUACAACGAGGUGAAGAAGAGGUUGGACUACCAGGUGGCUAUGCAGAACCUGAGGCGUCAGAAAGAACAGGAACACAUGAUCCAAUGGGUGGAGAAAAGUGUUGUUCAGAGCAUCACACCUCAGCAGCAGAAGGAGAGCAUUGCCAAGUGCAUUCUGGACCUGAAGGCGCUGUCGAAGAGCGCGCAGGCAGCGGUGUGACCACGUCUGAUGCCACUGACCCCUGCCUCUUGGCUUACUGUUGGAAGCUGUAUGGUUCUAAAGUAUCAUUAAAGAAACUCACCAGUCCUUCUGCUGUCUUCACUGCCAGUGGCAACA